UAGGAUAGAUGGGAGCAGAAUAUCAGGGAAAAUACCCGAUUUUGUUGGGAAUUGGAUCAAUCUUACAAGACUUGAUAUGCAAGGCACGUACAUGGAAGGCCCCAUUCCUUCUAACAUAUCCCAGUUGACAAACUUAGAAGAAUUGAGGAUAUCUGAUUUGAAAGGAUCAAGUAUUGGAUUCCCUGAUUUGCAGGAUUUGAAAAAGUUGAAAUUUCUGGUGCUUAGGAAUUGCUUAAUCACUUCUUCAAUCCCUGUUUAUAUUGGAGAAUUGACAGAAUUGAAGAGAUUGGUUGGCCCAAGUGGUAAGGUCAGGCCUUGGAAAUUAUCCUCCCCAAUUCAAAGAGACCUGAGCUUCAAUAAUAUCAGUGGCCGAAUUCCAGAUAAAAUUGGAGCAGUGAAACUAGAUUUUAUGUUCCUAACCAACAACUCAUUAAGUGGGCAACUACCUAAGUGGGUAUUGAACAGCAAAAAUAACUUGGAUAUAUCUUACAACAAUUUUUCAGGAACAACACACACUGAUUGUGGAUCCCAGUCACCUGUGAAUAUGGUUUCCAGUCAUUCAUCUCCUGGGGACAACUCUUGGUGUUUGAAGAAAGGCCUCCCCUGUCCAAGAAAAGCACAAAAUUAUGAAUUGUUUAUUAAUUGUGGAGGGCCGAGUAUCAAAUUCAUGGGGAAGGAGUAUGAAGAUGAUUCCAAUAGGGGUGGCUUCUCGCAAUUUAGUUCUCGUUCUGAUAAAUGGGCUUACAGUAGUACAGGGGUUUUCACGGGUAAACAAGAGACUAGAUACCUCGCAAAGAGUUCAGGUUUUUUGAACGUGACUGGCCCAGAAUUCUACCGAACAGCUCGACUUUCCCCACUAUCACUUAAGUACUACGGUCUUUGUUUGCGAAAGGGAAGCUACAAAGUAAAGCUCUACUUUGCUGAGAUAAUGUUUUCUGAUGAUCAGACAUUUAGCAGCCUGGGGAGGCGCAUAUUUGAUGUCUCAAUUCAAGGGACUUUAGUUUUGAAGGAUUUUAAUAUUAUGGAUGAAGCUAAAGGUGCUGGUAUAGGCAUCAUCAGGGAAUUUGAUGUUUCUGUUGAAGGUAGCACUCUGGAAAUUCAUUUGUACUGGGCAGGGAAAGGAACUACUGCCAUUCCUGAAAGGCCUGUCUAUGGUCCUCUUAUUUCUGCCAUUUCAGUGGAAGCAAACUUUGAUGUUUCACGUGGUCUAUCUGCCGGAGCUAUUGCUGGCAUUGUUCUUGCAUCAUGUGUGCUCCUUGUACUGGCUUUGGCAACUCUCCGAAUGAGGGGUUAUCUUGGGGGGAAAGACCUUGAAAAUAAUGAACUACGUGGACUAGAUCUACAAAUAGGUCAUUUUACCUUGAGACAAAUUAAAGCUGCCACCAGUAACUUUGACCCUGCAAAUAAGAUAGGUGAAGGAGGUUUUGGGCCAGUUUACAAGGGUGAACUAUCAGAUGGUGCUCUAAUCGCUGUUAAGCAGCUAUCCUCCAAAUCAAAGCAAGGGAGCCGUGAAUUUGUCACCGAGAUAGGCAUGAUAUCUGCACUACUGCACCCAAAUCUUGUGAGGCUCUAUGGAUGCUGUAUCAAAGGAAACCAGUUGUUACUAAUAUAUGAGUACAUGGAAAACAAUAGUCUUGCCCGUGCACUCUUUGGUCGCGAGGAGCACAAGCUACACUUGGAUUGGCCUACAAGGAAGAAAAUAUGCUUGGGAAUAGCCAGGGGAUUAGCUUAUCUUCAUGAGGAAUCAAGAUUGAAAAUAGUUCACAGAGACAUAAAGGCAACAAAUGUUCUCCUUGAUAAGGAUCUAAAUGCCAAGAUAUCUGACUUUGGUUUGGCUAAACUUGAUGAAGAAGAGAACACACAUAUCAGCACUAGAAUUGCUGGAACAAUAGGUUAUAUGGCUCCAGAAUACGCAAUGAGGGGUUACUUGACUGACAAAGCAGAUGUUUACAGCUUUGGAGUAGUUGCCUUGGAGAUUGUUAGCGGGAAGAGCAACACAAGUUACAGGCCAAAGGACGAGUUCGUUUUUCUGCUGGACUGGGCCUAUGUCCUACAAGAGCAAGGAAACCUUCUAGACCUAGUGGAUCCAAGUCUUGGGUCAAGCUACUCCACUGAAGAGGCAACGAGAAUGCUCAACUUGGCUCUCUUAUGCACCAACCCCUCUCCAACUCUCAGACCGUCAAUGUCUUCUGUAAUAAGUAUGCUUGACGGAAAAAUUGCAAUUCAGGCACCAAUAAUCAAGCGCAGUGAAACAAACCCCGAUGCAAGGUUCAGAGCCUUUGAGAAGCGAUUCCAAGACAGCCAAACUCAUAUCUCUUCAUCGUCUCAAGACAGUCGCAGUCACAUGCGAAGAGGCAUAUCAAUGGAGGAUGGACCUUGGAUUGAUUCCUCCAUCUGUCUCCCCAGUAAGGACGACACCCGACACCAUUCUUCAUCGAGCAAGCUUCUCAAAGAUCUUUACGAUGUUAAUUUGAGUGAUUAAUAUUGAGGAAGAGGAAAAUAAGAAAGAUUAUCACAUUCUUUCUUGGUCUUUCUUUAGAAUAUUCUAUUGACUUAUGAUGUCAGGACAACAGUUGAAAGAUGACUGUUAGUUAUUUACCAGAUUCUAGUGGCUGUCUGUGGCCACUCGGGCGGUAUGGAUUUCCAGCCACCCGUUGGGAUGGUUAUAGUUUUUAUUUGUUUUAUUUUUAAUUUUAGUUGUAGGAAAACUAUUAGGUACUCUAUAAAUAUAGAUGAAGUGAUACUUCGAUCCUAUAA